UUUAAAAGCAUGGGCUAUUUCUUGCUGCUUAAAGCUAACUUGGUCAGCUGCUCUGAUUUAUAUUUGUCCGCUUGUUAUUAUUAGUUUUACAAAACUGUUUUUUACGAAACAGAUAAUGGGCGUGUACGCUGGAUGUGAAAACUGGAAUAAGCUACUAGCCAAGUGUCACAUCAGUGCUUUGCUAGACAUCUUGUAGCAACCGGAAGGAGUGUGGCAAGAAGCAUUGAUGUGUCUCUCAAACUUCUGCAUGAGGUCAUAGGAGGAGCUGUCCAGUAACUUUUCUCACAUUGAAUGACUAAGUGAUUGUUCAGACCAUGGGAGUUGCAAACUCGAGAGACUAUCAUCCGACAGUUACUGUUGUGCUAAAAAGACGCAAUGAGCCCCUGAAGAAAGACAAACCUAAAUGGAAAAGUGACUAUCCUAUGACCGAAGGACAGCUGCGCAGUAAAAGAGAUGAAUUCUGGGACACCGCCCCGGCCUUUGAUGGCCGUAAAGAGAUCUGGGAUGCGUUGAAAGCUGCAGCCGUAGCAAUUGAGUGUAAUGAUCACAAGCUUGCACAAGCUAUUGUAGAUGGAGCUAGCAUCACAAUGCCUCAUGGGUCUCUUAUGGAGUGCUAUGAUGAACUGGGGAACCGCUAUCAGCUCCCUGCAUACUGCCUGGCUCCUCCAGUGAACCUGAUCUCUGAAUGCAAUGAUCAUAAUGUGUCUGAACACCCCGAGCCACAGGAAAAGAAGGAGAAGGAGUUCCAGCUGAAGGUGCGUCUUUCCACCGGCAAAGACCUUCACCUCAGUGCCAGCAUGGCUGACUCCAUCCGUAAGCUGAAGAAGCAGCUUCAAAUUCAGGAAGAUAUUGAUGCCGCCAGCCAGCGCUGGUUUUUCUCCGGCAAACUACUCACAGAUAAAACACGUUUACAGGACACCAAGAUCCAAAAGGACUUUGUAAUACAGGUCAUUGUCAGGCAGCCUAUUAUUCCCAAAUAAGCUCACAAAAAUGUGAACCAGUACACAAUGAACUUCAAAAAAAACCAGGAGACACUUUAUCUGUUUAUGUUUCCAUUUUUUAAACCUUCUUAAAUCCCCCCUUUUUCACAGCUUAUGUAACUCCUCGUUGGAAACCCACUUAUCAGGUCUGAGUUUCAAAACUUUUCCCAAACAUGAAGCACAAAUGUUCUUUCUAGAAGCAUCUGUUUUUAAAACCGGAGAGUAGCUGAAAAGGCAAAAUGUAUACAUGCAGAAAUAAGCGGUAUAAAGUGAAUGUACACUCAUAGGAUUUUGGUUUGUUUUCUGUUUACUUCAUGCUAAACAAUACUGAAUUGUAGCAUACUAAAAAAACAUUAGAUACCCUGCCUUCUUGGUUUUAAUAUUCCUACAUAUGUUGUGUAGAAAUUAAUUUCUGUGGUCCUCUAUGGUAUAAUUUGCCUUGAUCCUUGAUACAGUCUGAUCUAAUUUUUAAAUAGCAAUAGAUUAUUUUUCAAGAGGAUGGAUUUACAAAAUGCAUGGAUUUUUUAAUUUUUAAAAACACUAUUUAAAAGGUUAUUGAUUUAAGUCACAAGGUUAUUGACUGCUCUGAGACCUCUGAAUAUUUCUGUUAUUGGUACGCAUCUGUGAUUUAACAAGAAAAAACUCUGAUGUGCUGAACAAACUGGUACUGGGUCAAGAUUUUGCAUUGGCAGUCAUAAUUAUACAUAUUCAUAUACUUUGUAUAGAACUAUUUGUAUACAUACAGCCAAUUGUUUGUAGCUAUGUGGUUGUACAGAUGUUUGUACAGUAAUUAAUUGUAGCCUAAACAGUUUUCUUACUUCUAAUCUAAAUAGUCUGAAAUCAAUAAAAAGCUAAGGUUUAAAAAGGAUUGGAAAUACAGUAAAAUGCCUGAAACAAAACAUUGUUGCUAUUAAAGUUGUAAGUAGACAACUAGGUCUAAAUUGUAAUAAUAUUGCAAAUUGUAAUAUUUCAUUUCAACAAGUUCAUUAAGAAACAGACUUGCUGCUAAUAAAUGAAAACAUCCUAAUUUCACUGUCAACAUUUUACAGCUGUUUUUUUAUUACAUUUGAUUACGUUUUUUUAUACCGUGGGAAAGUCUGUCAGUUGCAUAAAUAUUUUUGUAUUUUUGUAAUGCAAAUUGUUGGAUAGCUUCACAAACUGGCUUACAUGAAUGUUCCGGGUUCAAUACACGAUAAGCUCUAUCAACAGCAUUUGUGGCAAUGCGUUGAUUACCACAGAGAGGCUUUUAUUGACUUUUUUUUAUUUUAUUUUUUUUUUUUAUAUCUGAUGGGAUGAAAUGCAAUGGACUAGCAUAAUGCAAAACACAGCAGUCUGAGUAUCAGUGCAAAUACCAGUGUUGUAACACAUCUAUUGA